AUGCCUCCCUCUGCACGCAAGAGCAGCCUCGGCGCACGCAAUGGUCCCAAGAAGUACGUGCCGUAUCGCGCGGAUGACUUUCAGCAUGGCAAGAAGACCGGCAUGGCCGUCGACUACGUCGAGCACACAGACGAAUUCGAGCCCUUCGAAAAGGUCCUUGACCAGGCCGACGCGCGCACCCCCUUCCGCAUCCAUAACCCACGCAAGAGACGCGUCACCAAGACCCCGGUGGUUCAGCAGGAAGUGAUUGACGAUGACUCUGACUACGGCGAGCGGUCGAUGGACCUGGACGAGAGCACCCCUCGUGGUCCGUCCGCGUAUUUCGCGCAUACACGCAUGAACUCCUUCAACUCCAGCGUUCCGCGCGUGGGCUCAUCCUCCAGGCCCGUCAACCACUCGUCCGACGUCAACUACGAUGAUGUCCCCUCUCCACGCGCAUCUCCGUCGUUCAUGGCCGCGAAGCGGUCACAAUCCAACAUGAAGAACAGUCGAACCUCUAUCCCCUCGCGCCUUUCUCAGUCUGUUGUUGCCGACUCGGAAGAGGAUCCACAGGGUUCGGAAGAGGAUCCACCGGGCUCGGAAGAGGGUCCAGAAGUUGCCGCGCCGGACUACGGCGAUGAUGGAGGGAUGGCGUCGAUGGAGUUGGAAGAUGACUAUCCGCCACAGCCCUCUCCACCGUUGCGUACUCCUCAUGCGGCACGCUACCAGUUCCAGGGCCAAGAGACUCCUCGUCGGAAGAGCUUUGGCAACCUGGCUCGGGAGCCAUCCGAGCUUGAGGACGAGCCCAGAGAUGUCGACAUGGACGACGAUGACCGUCCGCUUAGUGCGAAGGCUCGGGGAAAGCAGAGGGAAGCGCCGUAUGGAACCCGAAUCUCUCGAGGGCUCCAGGAAGCGGAAUUGGAGCCCAUCCCGGAAGAGGACGAGACACCACCCCCUGCUUCUCCACCUAAGAAGAAGGGAGGGAAGGGGAAGGCUUCAAAGGAGAAGACCACGAAGGAGAAGACCACAAAGGAGAGGGCAUCGAAGAAGAACCGGAAGGAGAACGAGGUGCCUCGGAGCACGACGAGGGAGCUUAUGAGAGAUGCUUCGCCGGACGACGCCGAUGCGACAGGGUUGCGUCGCAGCAAGCGCAGGCACUAUGCGCCUCUUGCGUGGUGGAGACUUGAGAAGGUCGUCUACGGUCGUCGAGAGAAUGGUCCUUGCUACGUGGCGAACAUCAAGGAAAUUCAUCGCGAGCCCGUUCCUGAACCCCAACCUCUCGGCGCGAAACGACGGAAGAUAAUACGUAAGAAGAGCCAGACCGUCGAGGCGGAACCUCAGCAGUUCCUCGUUUACGAUCCAGAGGAGGGCUGGGACGACGAGACGGACCCACAUUGCACCGUGCUCGAGUACGGCAAAGAAGGCAAGGAGGUCAAACGACGGGUCGCCUUCACCGACAAGAUGACUUCACCGAAGGCUGCGGCACAAGGCUCUUUCUUCUUCCAGAAGGUCUUCAGCGACUGUGAUCAUCUCGCCGCUGGGCAGUUGAUUAUCCCGCCAGGCUCCACGAAACCGACCAAGAGCACGAAGGACAACACCUUCGUCUUCUACGUUAUCCAGGGUGCGGUGAAGUUCUGUGUUCACCAGACGAACUUCAUCCUCGCAACUGGCGGCAUGUUCUUGGUCCCUCGAGGAAAUAUCUACUACAUCCAGAACAUAUGCGACCGUGACGCCAAGCUCUUCUUCGCCCAAGCCCGCAGGAUGACGGAAGAAGCGGCCGACGACGAGGAAGUGGAGUCGGAGUCUGGGUCCCGCGAUCGCUCCAAGUCUGCGCCGGAGGACGCACAUGCAUCCGAUGAGGAAGCCGAGCCUUCGACAGAGCCGAAGAAACGGAAGAGAAUAGCGAACUCGUGA